CUUUGGAAUGUCGACCUCAAGGUCACCCGGUUUACCUUGAAUUCUUUAUUCACCGGUUGGGUGAUGCAUCAGGUUGGUGCGUAUACGCUAAAACACGUUGAGUUCCGCUAAGUCAUUUUCUUCUUACUGCGGUCCAACUAUGUCUACUUUGCUACUGUCAAGCUAAAAGCUGUUCACAUUCCAACAAGUUUAAUUACCGGUACUGCAUAACAAUGAAUGAUUUAAGUUGCAAUAGCAUUUGUCAGCUGCUGUGCUGUCCUCCGUUGCCAUCUAAGAUUGCAGCUAAGCUAGCUUUUAUGCCACCACCCCAAGUUAUAAGCUGACCGAACAAAUAGAUGAGGGGAAAACAUUGUACAGCUUUACACUUGCAUCAUACUUGAAGGAAUCAUUCAUUCAUUUCGUACCAGAAAAUAUGGAAUCCAUGAAAGCAACCACCAGAAGAGGAAACGAAAUUGCAAUUCUUUAUAUGCCUAUCAAUUCUUCAUCAAAACUUACUUUCCUGUUGAGCCAUGGAAAUGCUGUCGACUUGGGACUAAUGUUACACUUCAUGUAUGAAUUGGGGAGCAAGCUGAAUGUCAACAUAAUGUGCUAUGAUUACUCUGGCUAUGGUGUAUCUACUGGAAAACCUUUGGAAAAGAAUUUGUACGCAGACGCUGAGUGUGCACUGAAUGUUUUACGGACGAAAUACUCAGUACCUCUAAAUCAAAUCGUUUUAUAUGGCCAAAGCAUUGGGACUGUUCCAACAAUCCAUUUGGCCACGCUUCAUCGAGUUGCAGCUGUUGUACUUCACUCGCCGUUGAUGUCAGGAUUGAGGGUGGCUUUCCCAAGACUUAAACGGAACUACUGUUGUGACGUUUUCUCUAACUAUGUACGAGCUCCUCGUGUGAUUUCCCCGACAUUGAUCAUUCAUGGCACUGAGGAUGAUAUAAUCGAUCGAGUGCAUGCACAACGAUUGUAUGAACGAAUUCCAAAUACUUUGGAACCACUGUUUAUUCGUGGAGCGGGUCAUAAUGAUUGUGAAUUGUAUGAAGAAUAUCUUAUUCGUUUGGAAUACUUAGUUCAUGUUGAAGUAGAAGGCGCUAGCCUAAUACAUCUUUCACAUGAAUCAAAUGAAGUUAGUGAGAAUGUCAGGCCUAGUAACCGAUUGUCAAAAUACUUGAAUUGGAAUCGCAAAUCCAAUACAAAGCUCAGUCAAAUUUCACCGAAUAGACUUAAAAGUAAAGCCAAAUCAUUGAAAGAAGAAUCAAAAAACGCUGGACAGUCUAGUACAAUGCAUACGAACACACUUAAUCUUCACCCGGAAAGAACAGUUUCAUCAUUUACUCCAAUGUGGAUGCGAAAACGUGGAAUUCAUGGAUCAUAUAGGUAUGUUGGUAACAAUAAAAAUAUUGAGAAGCGUAGAUGUAAACGGAUUCAUUCAUUAUCAGAUGCACCUUCUGAAAGAUCUGAAACCAAUGUAACUCCAAAAAAGGCUGAAAUCAGGUUAGAAUUUUCAGAUAGUGAUAAUCCAACUAGUGAAACAGAUAAGAAAAAUUGUAAACCAACAGUGAGUACAAGAAACACUGACUAGUAAUUUUACCUUUUAAAAUUUUCUAUCUCAUUUUACUUACUACACAUUUCUGAAGUGAAUUCAUUCAUUGUUGAAUUGUCUUCCACUUAGUUAGUAUUAGUUGAGAUUUUGAAAUCUUAUUUUGCCUUCAAGAUUUAUGAACUUUUUGAACUCAAUCUUUAGGCCUUUUCAUAAUGAAAACAAUUUUCAACUAAUGCAUUCUGUACAUAUACAUAACUGCUUCCAGUGGUGUUAUGUUUCGUUUUUUCAUGUUUCUUAUUGUCGCUUAAUGAAUAUAGUUAAUUUAUCAAAUGUAUAUAGGUUAUAAAUAUGAUUUGUACUAACAGAUAAUAAUUAUUGAUUAAUAUAUUAUUUGUUGUUAGAUCAUCUUUGUUGUACAUAACACUAGAAUACAUUUUAAAUGUAACAUUGUAAUUGAAAGACUUCUUUUACUUUAAUGCUCU